UUGUUUUGUGUCCCUGUCGCUUUAGUUGAAUUAUUAACGCAUGUGAAAGUUUCACACAAUAGACCUGUAACGGUAACCAGUCUCUAGAAAGGGUUCCUGGAAGGCUCAAUGGACGAAAAUGUUCAAAACCGAGGGACUGGAGGGAGAAAGAGAUUCUUUACCAAUCAGCCGCUCUUCAGGAGAAACUCAGCACCGCCGCUGCUCUACUUUUCUUCGCAGCUGCUCUAAUUCGAGUCCGGGGAUUUGAGGCCUACGUGGCGUCCGACUUUUUUUCUUGUGAUUUUUGUCAUUUUUUUCUCCUUUUCUCGCGUCGGUUAAAUAUUUAGGAAAACGGAAAAAGUCAUGCGAACCGCACUGGUCAAGUGAAGUUAAAGUGGAUUGAAAAUGUGAUGUUUUAGCUUGUUGUGUGUCAAAGGAAUCUUGCAGACGAGUGGAUGAAAGUCUCACUUUAGCACAUAAGGCUAAGCUACACUUUGUGUCAGCCUGAGCUGGCGGGCUGUGUGCUCGCACGGUUGUUUUGCACAUUCUGACCCAGGUCAAAGUAGCCUCGAUAAAAGUCUAACCUAUGGUUAUCCAGUUAAUAAAUAAGCCUUUUACUGUUGAAAACAAGGCGUACAUUUCUUGUUUUUCCCACUUGAGGUCCGUUUUGUGUGUUUUUUGUGCCAAAAACAGACAUCAUUUAUAUUUACAUGACCAGUUUCAAUUCGUUUGUAAAGGUGAAUUCCACCAACUCUUAAGAAUUUCUGCAAAACUUAAUCGCUAAGAUGUAAACGAAGUCAUUCAGAUUGUUUUGAUGUGAAAUGCUUCGGUCUAGAGAAAUUUGCCAUGUCAGAAUUGUUUAGUGUUGGUGAUGGGAACCAGAUAGCCGAGGAUUUUAAUGCUAUUAAAAGCUAUUUCACAAAAGGAUUUUAGACAAACUGGUUAUGAAUAUGCUGCUUGAUGACUGAGACAUUGUUUUGAGAAAAGAUUUUAGCAUUAAACACAUUUUUUAAAUGUGUUCAUGGUGGAAAAGUAGAAGCAGGACAUUGUAAGGCAUGUAUAGAAAACCUUUUUUAUUGUUUGUUUAAUCAUUUAUUUUAACAUUUACUGUUGUUUUGCCAUUAUCAGCAUUACAUCUGAAAAGUCAGAAGAUGUGUAGGUUCAUUGGUUGUUUUGGGUGUAUAUUAUUGCCUUGUAGACAUCGUGACUCCUGGUUCCUAUCAGCACUACUGUGAAAAAAUCUGUCUGUAAUUUGCUCUACGAUGCACCAUUUCACAUCAAACUCUGAAUGACUAUUUUUUACAUUUCAAUGACUGAAUUAUGCCGAAAUUUGAAAAAGUAGGUGGACUCUUUACCCUUAAACACUUGGUAUCAAACAGCCUGUCCUGAGAUAUAUAUAUAUAUAUAUAUAUUUCUUCGGCACUUAUUGGCCACCUUGUGUCGUCUCUCUGUGAAAAAGCAUUUCUGGCUGAAAUGCUCUUUAUAGCUUCAACAUGAAUGGGAUGUAGACUGACUAUGCCAAUAUCUAUGUAAACAACUAUGUUUGCUUUUGUUACAUCACAAAAGAGUAAUAAAUUCAGCACUUGCAGUUUAGUUUGUUUAUGUGGCAUGUAUGGACCGUUUUGUGAAACUUCAGCAGUGUUUGUAUACUACAUCCAACUCUUUUUAUCAAAGAAAUUAUUUGUAUUUUAUUUUUUAUAUUAUUAGUAUUUUAUUUCCUUGUUAUAAGUCCUUUAAAAGUUUGCAGUGGGCAGAUGUCAACAAGAUCAUGUGACUUGAGGGGGAAAAAAUGUGGUCACGGUGACGAGCGCAGGUCGGACCUGAUUGAAACCACCUCCCGUGUGUGCGUCACUGGUCUUAAAUAACAGCAUCAUCUCAGUUUCUUUCACUCUUCUUCUCUGUACCACAACACCAGAGCCAGCAGUGUGUUUGGCUUGUUUGUGACAGAGAUAUCUGUGGAUUUUGAUAAGUAAUUGGCUCCAGGCCCAUUUGCUUAGUGGACUGAACGACUAAUAUAUAUUGUCUUUGAGCAACCAGUGGACAAAAACAGAUUCCAGGGCACUGCCCUUUCUAAGUCCUUCAGUCCUGGAGGGAUCAGCUGUGUAAAGCACUUGUUUUCCUGGAGGAGGUUGUCAGCACAGACUAAACAACCUCUGGCACCUUUCGCACACUUGCUGACCUGAAUAUCUGUAAUCAUUCAGUCUGUCGACGAGGCUCAGUUUUACAAGCGGAGGUGAAACUGUAGCCUUUAACGUAGAAAAACCCCUUUUGCUACUCCAAGAGGAAAUGAUCUUUUUCCAUGUCUUUUUUUGAAUGAGUUUUAUUACCUCUAUUAAAAAAAAGCAUUGUCAGGAGAUCAUUACUAACCAGAUUCUCACAUGUUUAGUUUUUACAUGGUAGAUAUAGACUUUAAAUGCUGAGGCAGACUCUUUCCAGGCGAAAGGGCUACUUAUGUUGGGAGGUUACAAGUGCCACUUGCGUGUUCAGCUCAGUACCUCUACCUGCUGUUCUUUCCUGCUCUUGAAGUUUCUGCUGUUGCCACCACAAAUGUGUCUGCUGCAACAGAUAUCAGAUUCCUUCCUCCUCAAGCUGGUUCACCUGAGGCUGUAAAACCCUGUUCACUGUUUGUCCUGCUUAACUCUCAUGUAACAGGAGAAUGUUUACAUUUUGAAGAAGAAUGUAAAGGGGUCACGCAGGCUUUCUAAAAAAGAUGUAUUCUCCUGUUUCUUUGAGAUCUUGAAAUGGACUGCAAAUUACAUGUUGACAUGGAGGCAACUCAUGGACUCGAGUUUGCAUUAGGUUGUGCAUACGGCACGCCAUAAAAAUUUGAUUUGAGCAAUCAGUUGCAAGGAAAACGCCGGCUUUUAUCUCUUAGGAGCUCGUUAAAGGCUAAAGGAGGGGACGCUUGUCACCUCUCAGCUCUUUCUGAAUGCCACACCUGCCUUUUCUGCCUAAAAGAUAGCUGUGCUAAGACUUUUGGGGCGGUGGGCAAAAAAAGGAGCGAACUUUCAUCCCCCAUUCAUCCGCACACCGUUCCCUGUCUGCUCUUUGAGCUGGCGAGCAAGGAUGCAAGCGCCGGGCGGCAGUCGCCGGUGAAGAUGUACGCGGCGUCAGGAAUGACGGAGUGCAAGGCGGAGGUGACACCGUCCACGAGUAAUGGCCACCGAGUCUUCAGCUACACGCUGGAGAGCCACACGGCCGCCGCCUUCGCCAUCAUGAACGAGCUGCGGCUCGAGCGGCAGCUGUGCGACGUGACGCUGCGUGUCAAAUACAAUGACCUGGAGGCCGUGGACUUUGUGGCACACAAGGUGGUGCUGGCGUCCUCUUCGCCCGUUUUCAGGGCUAUGUUCACCAACGGGUUGAAGGAGUGCGGCAUGGAAGUGGUGCCCAUCGAGGGGAUCCACCCUCGGGUCAUGGGCCGCCUGAUAGAGUUUGCGUACACGGCGAGUAUCUCCGUCGGGGAGAAGUGUGUGAUCCACGUGAUGAAUGGUGCCGUGAUGUAUCAGAUCGAUAGCGUGGUGAAGGCCUGCUGUGACUUCCUGGUGCAGCAGCUGGACCCCAGCAACGCCAUCGGCAUCGCCAACUUCGCUGAGCAGAUCGGCUGCACCGAGCUGCACCAGAAGGCCCGCGAGUACAUCUACAUGAACUUCAGCCAGGUGGCGACGCAGGAGGAGUUCUUCAACCUGUCCCACUGCCAGCUGGUGACACUGAUCAGCCGUGACGAGCUGAACGUACGCUGCGAGUCUGAGGUGUUCCACGCGUGUGUAGCGUGGGUGCAGUAUGACCGCGACAACCGCCGGCCAUACGUUCAGGCCCUGCUGCAGGCUGUGCGCUGUCACUCGCUCACGCCUCACUUCCUGCAGCGCCAGCUGGAGCACUUUGAGUGGGAUGCACAGAGCAAGGACUACCUGUCCCAGAUCUUCCAGGACCUCACGCUACACAAGCCCACCAAGGUCAUCUCUUGCCGCACCCCCAAAGUGCCCCAGCUCAUCUACACGGCCGGAGGCUACUUCCGCCAGUCACUCUGCUACCUGGAGGCCUUUAACCCCUGCACGGGGUCAUGGCUACGCCUGGCCGACCUGCAGGUACCCCGCAGCGGGCUGGCGGCCUGCGUCAUCAGCGGACUCUUCUAUGCCGUGGGUGGCCGCAACAAUGCCCCAGACGGCAACAUGGACUCCAAUGCACUGGACUGCUACAACCCCAUGAACAACUGCUGGCUCCCCUGCGCACCCAUGAGCGUCCCCCGGAACAGGAUCGGAGUUGGAGUCAUCGACGGAAUGAUCUAUGCGGUGGGGGGGUCCCAUGGCUGCAUCCACCACAACAGUGUAGAAAGGUAUGACCCAGAAAAGGACUUGUGGCAGCUUGUGGCCCCCAUGCUGACACGGCGUAUUGGGGUGGGUGUGGCGGUUAUUAACCGCCUCCUCUACGCAGUGGGCGGAUUUGAUGGCACACACCGGCUGAGCUCAGUGGAGUGCUACAACCCCGAGAAAGACGAGUGGAGAAGCACAGCGGCCAUGAACACUGUCCGCAGCGGAGCCGGCGUGUGUGCAUUGGGAAACCAUAUCUACGUGAUGGGAGGCUAUGACGGCACCAACCAGCUGAACACAGUGGAGCGCUAUGACGUGGAGACAGACAGUUGGACCUUCAUUUCAUCCAUGAGACACAGACGAAGCGCACUGGGGGUCACCACACACCACGGCCGCAUCUACGCUCUGGGCGGAUAUGAUGGAAACACCUUCUUGGACAGCGUGGAGUGCUAUGACCCCGAAACAGACACCUGGGCUGAGGUCACAAAGAUGACCUCCGGGCGGAGUGGGGUCGGUGUGGCGGUCACCAUGGAGCCGUGCCAAAAGGAUUGUCAGAAACUCUAGUGCCUCCUCCCUCCGCCUCUCCCUGUCUCCUUCCAGCUUUCUGUUCUUUGAUUCUUUCCAUCCUUCCUUUUUUUUCCGCCAGGCUUAUCGUUGCACAUUAGCCCUUUAGCUUGAGUUCAGAACAGACCAAUUCUGUAACAGCCCUUAGCGACAGAGACCACAUGCUAGCACCACAGGACCAUAGAGUUGAGCCACAAGGUUCAUAUAAAGUUUAGAAGAUACUUCAUAUUCUCUGCUAAACUAGGAGAAACCUGGUGUGUUGUUCCUGUUAAUAGAGGGACAGGAAGGCCUGGUUGUACCAGAGUACUUCCAGGCAGGACGUGCUAAAUUAAAUUGGCAGGUUUAGCUGUUUCGUGACCAGACCGCAGACAGUGGGCUCACUAAUAUGAGUCAGUAAGUGUCUCUUGUUGUAUUACUGACCAGUACAUGUAAACCAAAUCUGUGGUGGUCAUAUUAGAUGUACAUGGCUACCUCUUUCCUGAAGCUCGUACCAUAAAGGGUUUGGCCUUUUUUUUUUCUCUGUGAAUGCAGAAGUGCCAUUAUCCUCUUCACCACCACUUCAGUAUCCCAGCCUUUAUGCUGCUGUAGUGGGCAUGAAGGCCUGAGCGCACAAGAAUUACGUCAGAGUACCAAUGGCAGUCUGGGCUGGUAUUCUUAAAGAAGCUGGUUCUAAAACCUGGAGCAUGUUUUUGUGUUUUUCCUGCUCUAACACCUCAGUCAUCAGGUGACUACCAAGACGUUCUGUUGUGUCUUGUGUAUCGGAGAAAUUAAAACACAAAAAUUUCCAGAUGCUUAGGAUUUAGAGAAUCACUGGCCGACUAAGUUAUUCCCAAUCCUGGUCCUGGAGUACCUCUGUUGUGCACAUUUUAGUGUUUGCUUUGGUCUGACACACCCACUUCAAUUAACCGAUUAGUUGGAUCUGGUAUGGUAGAGCAGGGAAAUCACCAAAAUACACAGGGCCAGUAUUGGGGACCGCUGGGAUACCUGUAUCGUGAUUUGUCCAGGGGCUUCCAAACACCUGUUUCAAAUCAUUGUCUAAUUACUAAAUUAAUUGGCUAACUCAGUGGUAGCUAAAAUAAUGAUCCAAGUAGCCAAUUACAUGGCUAUUGGUUAACUGAUUAGCUAAUUACUUAAAAUAAUUGGCUGUAGUUCCACUAUGUGGAUUUGUGGGACAUUCAAAGCCAGUGCUUCUCACACUGGUCUACCACAUAGGGAGAGAGCAAAAAUAUGGACCAUCUGGGGUCCCUGAGGACCAGUCUGAGAACCACUGCCCUAUGCCAUUUAGUGUAGUUAAACCUUAAUCCAGACUUGGAACCAUGCUGUUUUUCAUAAGGUUUCCAGAACAUAAAUUACACCUAGUCUUGGACUGAAUUCCAUUGCCAACAGUUAUUCACAUUGCAAAUACUUAUUAAGCUAGGGUUAGACUUAAUGUGGCUAGGAAACAAUAGAACACAUGUCUGGGGACAGUAUGUUAAAACUUUUGGUGCUGGAUUGUGGCACCAACAAGGGUACAUCCCUCUAAAACCCAUCCCUGGACUCUUCUAGUUCAUGCUCUUUUAAAGUCCGGAAUACCAUUGUUAACACGAGGAAAACAAGCUAGGCAAAUGCUAUCGCUAAUGGAAGAGUUUUUCUUUUGCAAAGUUUUUUUUUAAUUUUUAUUUACAUGACUAAUUGAGUUUUUUUUUUUGUUUUUUUUUUUGACAUUUCAGCCAUGCUAACUUGCGCUACAUCCAUGGGCUAACGGCAGGUUUGUAUACAAUAGACAAUGUUGGCGAGCGCACUGCCCCCCACCACUGCAUGUUUAAUUUAUUUAGAAAUGUAGCUCUCUGUUUGUUCCCACCCUGAUAAAUAUUGGCGGGAAUGUAGACUUAUCACAAAAUGUCUCAUGGUUGUCCCCAGACAUUCUCAUUACAAAGGCUAGGCUGCGAUGACCAGGCCUUUUGUGAGUUUAAUGUCAGUGUGUUAAGACAGGACACUGCAGAACCAGCAUUGAGAAACAAUGGACUAGACUACAGUAGAGUUGCCAAUGCAAUAUCUCAUUCAAAAGUGUUAGUCUAAGACCAAAUCUGGACCCGAGCAAAGUACACAAGCGCAUAUAAGGGAAGAUGAGCAGACGGGGAGGCUUUUCUGAAGGGCCCAUUUAGGUCGGGAACGUCAGCCGAUUCUGCAUGUGGCAUUACCUGAAGAAUGUUUGCAGAAUUCACCAAAUGGCUUUUGCCAACCGAGGCCAACUUCACUCUCUACAAAAAACAGACACCUUUCUUUGACAGACAGACAAAAAAGCCUGAAUAAUAAAUGUAUUUGUAACAGCAUUUUAAGCUACAUUUUUUCCAGGAAUUUUUGUACAUUGUACAGAGUUUGAGUGUUUCCUCUUAUUUAUUUUGGACUGACUCUUUUGUCCCUUUUUUUUGUGCUUGGACGCGGAGUUCUACUCUGGGAGAAGCCGGACUGUGUUUGUGGCUUGUCAAGCAUGCGCCGUAUUUGAGAUUUGAUGGAAAGUGAUGACUGCUCUUUUUUCUAAAUCUCUGUUUAAAAGGGAAGCGUUUUCCUUUAACAGUUUAUUAACGAUGAUUAUUUAAAGACUGCUUUGUAAAUUUUACAGCAAUGAAUGCAUUGUACAACACCUUGUAUAUUAAAUGCAUAUGUUUAUUGUAAUA